AUGGCGUCUCCAGGAGUCCCCCGCGGCGGCCCCCUAGGCCUUCUGGUGAGGGUGCCAGGCCCAGAGAGGAUUCUGCCGUGAGCCGCGCAGUCGCAGAGGCCCCCUCGGCUCCGGAACACCUGAAACCUGAGGAGGUUCCAACAGCUCCAGGGCUGCCUACACCCCCAGCGGCCGUUCUGCAGACCCCUCCUCGCUUUGGAGAGCGGUUUCUACGAGGAGCAUGUGGCCAUCGGAAAAUGAGGAUAAUUGGUGGGAUGCCAGCCCCAGAGAGAAAGUGGCCCUGGCAAGUGAGCCUGCGGAUCAACAAUGAACAUAUGUGUGGAGGCUCCCUCAUUGCCCCACAGUGGAUCCUGACUGCAGCGCACUGCAUAUUUGGCUUUGAGGAAUACACAGUGCGGAUGGGAAGCGUGUUGUUACAUCCCCAAUCGGGAAUGGCCAUUCCAGUUCAAGACAUCGUUUGCCAUAGCUUUUAUGAUGUUAGAACUUUGAGUAAUGACAUUGCCCUUGUUCUGCUGGCCCACUCUGUGAAUUAUUCUGCAUUCAUCCAGCCAGUGUGUCUCCCUGAAAAGAAUUUUGAAGCGGAAGCUGGGACACGGUGCUGGGUAACUGGAUGGGGCCGACAGAUGGCAGACGCCAUAGUGCUGCCAGAAAAUCUUCAGGAGACUGACCAAAUCCUUCUUCGCCACACGUUAUGUAAUGCGAAAUUGCAGACAGAGUUAGGAUAUCGUCGCAUGUUAGUUCGAAAAGGGAUGAUCUGUGGCUAUCACGAAGAUCUUAAAAGCCCCUGCAAGGGAGAUUCUGGGGGUCCCCUGGUCUGUGAGUUUAAUGACACCUGGGUCCAGGUGGGGAUUGUGAGUUGGGGCGUUGCCUGUGGUCGCAGUGAAUUGCCUAUAGUUUAUACCGAAGUUAGCUCGUACAAGGACUGGAUCAUGGAUCACAUCAUUAAGGUGUCCUCUUGUGCCUCAGCUGGGUUCUUUAUCCUGUCGCUGUCUCUUGUGUUGCCCCUGGGCAUCCUAGUGACCCUGUGACCACCCUGGUCCACGUUCCCCCCGUUUCUGAGUCUCUGACCUCGCACUCCUACUCAGUGCCAUUUCCUCAAUUCCAUUUGGGACCCACUGACCCUGGGGAGCUCCACAUGACAGACAGUGGCAGCAAGGAAGGAGCCCUGGAAGUUUCCUAGCCUGCUGUUCCAGGCACCAGCAUUACCCACGCCUACCCCUUAGCUGUGCUCUGCCUCCCGGGAAGGAGUGGGUGAAACCAUUCCAGCUGGAUGGACAGCAACUUGCCAGGUGAUGCUUCAUGAUUCUUUAUCUACAU